CUUUAAACUCGUUUAUGUGUAAUUGAUAUCGUCCCCGAAGAAAAAACGACUGGAGUUUCAGUGUUUUUCGGGGAAGUUAAAUGAAAGUUACGGAAGAUACAUCCGUUUAAGGAUGGACUCUAAAACACCCCCUGACAUCAAAUAAACUUCAUAGUAAAGAAACAAGCAGAAUGGAGUCUAAGAUGAUGCUGACCCUGUCGAGGACAACCGAAACAUAAUGUUGUGAGGGAUGGGUGGUGCUGGUGUCAGCAGAAAUGUUAGAAAGCCAGAUAAACUAGUUAUAGUGGUUGGUAAGGAAGUUUAGUUAGAGGAGCAACAGAAUUGGUGUACAGAGUUUUAAAAAUUUACCUUCAGUGUUGAUUUGGAAAACCCGUUUUGACAGUUAACAACAGAUACAAGUAAUUGGAAAAUGGAGUACAGUGAGAGAGUGCUGUGUGGGACAGGGGAGGUGGAGCUGGACCCCAACAUUGUGAGCGAAGAGGCAGGGAAGCUUUACUCAGAGCUACAGACUGUCAUUGAGACCCAUGGUGAAGGUGUGGUGGAGUCACUGGUACCCAUAUUUGUGUGGGUCCUGGAGGGGCUGGCCAGCUGCAAAGCCCAGCUGAGGGACAAGGAGGAAGAGGUGGAGAGGGACAAGGCUGAGUGGGAAGAACUGCUGGAGAGAUAUCAAGCAGAGAAAGCACUCAGGAAAGAGAGUCAGGAGAGGUAUCUGGAGCUGGACGACCAAAUUGAACAAGAGAGGAGAGCCAUGAGGGGGAGGGAAAAGGAGAGAGAGCGGCGGGAAAGAGAGCUCGAGAAAGUAGCAAGAGGGCAAGCUGAUCAGUUGGCGGCUUUAGAAGAGCAGAAGGCAAAUCUGAGUAGAGAGCUGAGCACACUGAGGAACACACACAACAAGCUGACUCACACAUAUCGGGAACUUCUGGAAAAGAGAAAGGACUCUGAAAGAGAUUCUCCUUUAAGGAAUCAUGUGCGUCCCAAGAACGCUGAAUUUCCAUCCAACCCAACCUUAUCAGAAUCCAGUGUGAACGAAAAGAUCAUUCAGAGACCACAUUCACAUUCUGGCCCCCCCUGUUUAGAAGAUCUAGUAGCCAUGGAAAAAAAGGUGAUUGACAUUGCAGUAAAGCCCCCCGCAGAUCAGUUUAUCAGUGACAUCAUAAGCUCUACUCCCGAGCUGAGGCAGUUUCACGGCAGCAUGGAUGAAAGCACCUCGGUCAGACCGAACGCCAAAGAGCUGCCGAGAGGGACCAGCGUGCAGGACGAGAUGAGGGAGGUGGAGGAGAAGGAGCGCAAAGAAGAAGAGGUGCUAGAGGAAGAGAGGCUGGAAAAAGACGAGGAGGAAGAGGAGGAGGAAGAUGAUAGUAUGGAGUGGGAGCUGCGCAACAAUGACUCGGUGUUCUCUGAGCUGUCAGAGCUGAGUCGGGAUUAUGUGGAGAGUGUAGACCAAGGGGCCAGCGUCAGAGGCAGUACAGACCAGUUUGAGGAGAUUCUUUCUCAGUACGAGGAACUGAAAGUCACCCAUGAGUUGGUAGAAGCUGCCCGUAAGGCUUUGAUAAAUCGGGUAGUCGAGCUCACUGAUGACCGUUCAUCUCUCAAACUGGAGGUGACCUCUCUUGAGGAAACAGUCUCACGACUGGAUGGGCGAAUGAAGGAGAGGGACGAGGAAAUUAAGAGACUUCGAAAGGAACUGGAAGUAUGCCAAUCUGAGGAUCCUGAUGCCUCUCUACCCGCAUCCAUGCGCCACUUCUCUCGUUCUGAAAUGGCUCGUGUGGUCAUGGAGAAAAACCAGUACAAGCAGCGUCUCUUUGAGCUGCAGGAGGCUGUAAGACGGAGUCAGACACUCAGAGCAACAAAGGAGGAGAGGUUAACAGAGGAAAAAAGGUCUAGUGUUUGGAGAAAGUUCAACCGUUUGUUUGGCCUGACCAGAGGACCUUUAAUUCCACCUCCUUCUUCUGCAUUUGCCCUGCCAACCUCUCCGUCACUCACUCGCUCUCCUCUGGAGUCUCCACCAGCUCAGACUCAUGCUGAAUCUGCUUCUCCUGCUGUUCUCUCCCCUCGUGUCAGGAGGAGAGAACUCUACAAAGAAAUUCGCUCCCACAUUUGGGGAUCACUUGGAAAACGGCAGAUACACGGCUGGAGCACACCUCUGGCAAACACACAGGAAUCCCAGGAACCUGUCCCCGAGCCGAAGGAGGUGCCUGUUCUAAUGCAGCUCAGACUGCUGGAUCAAAGAGACUCCACAGCUAAGCUGAACUGUGCGGUUGCAGUCACACCUGAGAUCUCAGGAGAGGCCACAUGCUCUGUGUGGGUGGUUUCCGGGCCUGCCUCCUGCAGUGAUAUUACAGUGAUUGACCCAGCACGGUCCAACACAGUACUGGAUCAGUUCAGCCUCCCUCCCACAGCUCCGGCCCUCUGCCUCUGUGCUGUACCUCCCAUAGGUGACACUGCAGGAACUGUGUGGAUUGGGACUCAGGAAGGAAGUAUAUUGAUACACUCAGCCUCUGCUGGCAGGAGGCGCUGUCUGCAGUCUGUCUCUCUCUCAGAAGGUGUUCACUCGCUCGUGUAUUCCGAGGGUCAAGUCAUAGCCGGUUUAGCUGAUGGGACUUUAGCAUUUUUCUCACACAGUUCAGGUGGCUGGAAUCUACAGUCGCACUCGGUGAUGCCUCUUGGAUCGAACCCUGUGCAGCCCAUUCGCUGCUGCCUUGCAAAAGGUGGCCGCAUGUGGGUGGGAUAUUGGAACAAAGUCCAUGUUGUUGACAUUGACAGCAAGAAGGUUGAGCAAACGUUCUCAGUCUCUGAGCGCAGCGAGCAGCAGGUUCGCUUCCUGUGUGCUGGUGGAAGUGGUGUGUGGACGUCCUGCCGACUCGACCCAAUCCUCAGACUGUUUGACUGGUCCUCAGGACGGCCGCUACAGGAAGUCGAUUUUACCGCUCUGGUCACUAAAACAUUAGGCCAAUCCUUCCUGACACUCGCUCCUCUGCAGAUCUCGUCUCUCAUAGUCAUCUCGGGCCGUCUGUGGGUGGGCACAGGGGGUGGUGCCAUUUUCUCCAUCCCAUUAUCCAUAACAUCAGAGGAUGUUUCCAUCCCAUAUUGCUCCAUUUCAUCCGCCCAGCUGUGUUACCAUGGACAUAGACAAGCUGUCAGGUUCAUCAUCGCUGCUCCUGCUUGUUUGAUCGUCUCUCCCGGUUGCAGCACUGUCACUACCUCUCAGCUUAUCCUCAGUGGAGGAGAGGGCUAUAUUAACUUCAGAAUUGGAGACGAUGCAAAUGAGGGAUCAGUUGAGUUGUCCCAAGCUACACCUCAGCGGUCUGAACGCAGUCACAUGAUCAUCUGGCAGAAUCCCACCCCCUCUGUUCCCAGCCCCGCGCUCUGACAUCCAUCACCUCCUCGUUCUGCCCCGUUGGAGUGAAAUAAAGACACAACAGGCAUGUACUGUACACCAGCAAAGCUAGAGACAACAUUGAAACGGCGCUUUCAUGGAACUGAAGGUACCAGCGUCUCAGUGCGGCAGCAUUAAACGCAUCCUUGUAAAAAUACAUGUUUCACCUUAUUUACCUCGUUCAGUUUCUGCAUCUAUCUUUUUACUGGAUUAUCUUGGUGGAUGCUGACGCCUUACUGUGUCCCUUCAUCUGAUUGUAUAUAAUUUCUGUUGAACUGGUCAAUCACUGCCUGAUUGUCAAAAGUUCAUUUUUCCUUUUGCACUAACAUGUAAUUUCCCUGACAUACAGCUCUGUGAUGCAUUUUUCUACCAGACCAUUCAUUCAUUCACAAACUCAUUCCAGCCGGAGGGCACCAGGUUUUUCUGUCCUACAUCUGUUGAUCAUAAAGUUUAAUGUAAUAAUGUGGCUGCUGUAGAAGCUGCUGUGUACAUAUUUUGUUGUUAACUGUGAACUGGAACAGGUAUUAAUCUUCUCUCAGCGUGACGACAAUCAGACACCUCUUAUCUCCUGAUGCUGCAGAGAUCAGGUAUAACUUCUUUAAAUGUGAUUGUGUUGCUUUUUUUUAAAUUUCUUUUCAAAUUCUACCCCUCCGCAUUACAUGUGGUGUAAUUACAAACUGCACAUUUUAAAUGUGUGAUAUCCCAUCUUCUAAAUGAAUUAUUUCAGUGCUUGCCAUUAGAAAUUAUUUAUUUUCUCAAUGAGUUCUUUGCCUUUAAUGUGUUUUGACGUCUUAAUUUGUUUUAUGUUUUAAUUUGAUUUCAGUAUCUUCUGUGUUAUAAGGGAGAUGAAUUCUUUAAAAUGUCCUAUGCAGUAUUUAUAUGCACUCAUGUUGAUGUCACAGCAUCUCCUUAAUCCUUCUUGGGAAGAAAAUUAAGACUUGGGUAUUUCUGACUCAGCCUUGUGCAAACAUGAUUGUUGUCAUUAAAAAUGUCUUCAAUGGUUA